GGGCGGGAGUCAGUAUAUAAGCCGGGGAGGCGGUAGUAAGAUGUCCGAGUGACAGCCGGCUGUCAGCCCCGCCAGCCAGGACGUGCAGUGUUUGACACGUGAGUCUCCUGACGCAGCAGAGAGGAGCUCCGUCAUGGCCCUCGAGCUGGAGCGUCAGCAGCAGGGCGCCCCCGCCCCUGCUCCCGCAACCCCAGCGCCUUCUAGCCCGGCCCUGCCGCCUACGCCUCCCUCGCACGACGCCCGCAGCCCUCCCUCACCCACACAUGAAGCCCGCAGCCCACCUCCGCCCUCGCCACGCUCCCCUCUGGAGUCUAAGCUGCCCCUGUCUCCGCCGCCCUUCGCUGCAAGCCCGCGCGCGCUUCCCUUCAGCAUCGAAAACAUCCUGCGGCCAGACUUCGGCGUCACCCGCCUGCCGGAGCGAUCCAGCGUUCGCACGCCCGAGCUGCUGCUGCGCACGCCGCCCAAGACACCAGAGGCGCCCGUGGACCUCAGUCAAAAACCGUCAGCCGCCGCGGCGCACAAAGUGGGCGGCAACAAAUAUCCCGAGAACCCCGAGGCGCUGGCCAACCCCCGCGUGCCCACCGAGGACGGCAACAACUGGCCGGCCUGGGUGUACUGCACGCGCUACUCCGACAGACCCUCCUCAGCCAAAGGUCCUCGCUCCAGACGAAUCAAGCGACGUGAAAGGAACCCGGAGGAGAAGCGACCACGCACCGCCUUCACCUCGGAGCAGCUGGCGAGACUCAAGAAGGAAUUUGAAGAGAAUAAAUACCUGACGGAGAAGCGCCGGCAAGACCUCGCGCGGGACUUGGGUUUGAACGAGUCGCAGAUCAAGAUUUGGUUCCAGAAUAAGCGAGCCAAGAUCAAGAAAGCGAAUGGACAGAAGAGCGGCCUUGCUAUCCACCUAAUGGCGCAGGGUCUCUACAACCAUUCUACUAUUCCCGUGGAUGAGGAAGAUUCGUACCCGUGUUAAGGUGGAUGAGUUGCUCCUUCAUCUCCUCCACCUCUUCCACCUCCUUCGAACCCCUGAACUCUUACCAAAUAUCGCACCAAGUGACCAAAAAGUCGUACCACGCCGUUCCCUGUUCAUUCAGUCACGCCACUCAAGUCUAAACCAGGAUUUUCUACGUUUAUGUCUUUCAAGUUACGUUCCUCCUCUUCUUCUUCGUCCUCUUCCUCCUCCUUCUUGUUCAGUGUGUUACGUUGACAUUUUUCUCUCUCAUAACGUGCCACUCUACUUCUGAUCCCAUUCAUGCACAUGUGACCUUCUGCCGUCACUCCACUUGUCAUUCACGUCACUUCAUUGCCUCCUCGUUUCAAUGGCCUCGUGCGGUUAAGGAGGGAGAGUCCUUUGAUGGUACACGUUCUCUCUCUUCACUCUCACUCUCUCCCUUUCCCUCCCCUCAUACCACCCCUCGCCUCCUCUUUCUGUGUCGGGGCGUGUCUUCGUCUCGUCUCAGCCUCCGCUUACCCCGAGGAGAGAUAGCUUAAGAUGAUACAUAACAUAACCUACUGCACGCGCGACUCUCAUCCUGACUGACACAGAGCGGUACUUCAAGGGACAUAUACGCCUUACCCGCCUCCUUCCCUUGUCCCUCCCCGCCUGUCACUAUUCAUGCCUCCACCACCCUCUCACACCCAGGCACUACUUUCACGCUCUCACAUAGACUCAGUUACCUAGUCAUGUCCAAUUUGCCAAUACCCAGCUUACAUCAUCUCAUCUCACCAAUCCACGUUUUCUGUCGUCCUUGACCUUCGCACUCCCGCCCACACAUACCGGCAUUCCUCUAUUACCAUUGCCACAUGAUCGCUCCUCUCCUUCCUUCCUUCCUUCCUUCCUUCUCUAGUAUAAUCGCAAUUUUGCUUCUCAUUUACGCUUUCUCUCUUGUUUUGUUCAGUUUUUGCUUCUUUUGUUUUAUGAUGAAUUCUUACUCUUUGGUGCUUUUUUCGUCUUGUCUCCUUUUAGCUUUUUUCUAUAAUCUAGACACAUCUCUCGAUUCAUCCUUCUUAGCUUCUCUUUCUUUCCGCCCUAUCCAUUUCCUUUCCACAUCCUCCUCGUACUCCCCUAAAUACUCCCCUCUCUCCUUUUUUUCCUCGUACUCUCCCCAUCCGUCUCCCCUUCACUCCUCUUCCCUUUCACAUCCCCUUCUUCCUCUCCCCAAUAACCGGCCAAGGACAACCUCACAUUGGGAGAAUUAGGCAAAAAUGCUAAUCCGGCGACGUUGGAUUGCAUUCGUGAUACAUAAACGGCGCCGAAUUCUCCCACACGCUCACCCACAACAUUCCAUGCUCACCGAAACAUUCUCUCGUGUCAGCUCUCCCUCCCCUCUCCCUCUGCUUCCCUCUGUGUCCCUCUGUGUCCCUCUCUCCCUCCCGUCACCGCCGUCAUCACUCAGGAGGCGGUAGUGGUGGUGAACAAGGCCGGGACAAGCUCUGGGUGCACUACUAUAAGCUACAAGUGAUGGUAAUGUUGAUGGUCUUUUGUCUACGAUGCGUCAAUGUAGAGUAGAGAAGUAUUAGGAUAGACUUUCAUUACUCAACGUUAUUUUAUUCAUUCGUUAGUGUGAAAGAGCAAGUGAUGUCCAUGAUUUGAUCCCGUGUUGUUGUCCUCCUCCUCCUCCACUUGAUCAUUUCCUUUUCCUCUUCCUCCUCAUCCUCCCGUGGCCAACAAUCUUCUUGCCCAAAGUACAAAUUAGCCCUUAAUUUUUACCUCAGUCAAUCCGUUACGUUCCCGAGAGACACGACUCGGCGCUGUUAGGUAAUACUUCGCAGUUCACCGCCUGGCUCGUGUCCCGUGUACUGUAUAUAGUGUAUAUUACGGAUCUAUAGUGUUCAUAUCAUGUAUAUAAAUAUCAUGUUUUAAAUUAUUUAUAUGUCUGUGUCGUCCAAUAAAUAAUGACUUUUCUUUAA